UCAGUGACAUUUCAGUUCAGCGGAAAUCGGUGACGAAUUUGUUCGGAUUUUAAGUUUGUUUUGUGAAUUUUGUUCAUACCAGCGGAUUUUCAUCAUGCCAUCCGUGGAACCGGCGGAAGAACAGUCCAAUUCCGGUGGUGCGCCGUUGGAACCGAGCGGCCGGAACGGUGAUACGAACGGAAACGAGGAACAGCACCACGAAACGCCUGAUCCAGAUCGCCACCUUAUUCCUGCGGACCGCAUCGAGCAUGAUGAUUCAGUGCAGAUCGACCUGCCCACCGUUCGAGAAUUCUCCCAGAACGACAAAAUUAACAAGUUUCUGCUUAAUUCGUUCCUGGAACGCAUGAAUGUCACCAUCAAGGAAGAUCAAUUACGCGACCCAGAUAAUUUCGACGACGACGACGCUAACGAUUUCGAACCUUGAAAGACCAGCGGUGGGAGCGGUUGUUUUGACCGAGUAUUAUGUUUUGUGCAUACGGUAUUAAUGCGAACGAAUGGGCUUGGGAAGUGCAGUGAUGAUACAAUAAAGCUUAUCUCUAAACAUGGAA